CCACUUCCGUUCCCGGACCGGAACGCGGAAGCGUGUGACGGAGGGAGGGGUGCCCGGCUCUCGGAGCUCCCGCCGCAUAGGGAGAUCGGUGAGAGGCCCUGCCUCGUGCGGCGCCUUGCUGAAGAUGUAGCAGUGGCCGGCUCUCUGCCCCAGCCUUCCUAUGUGCCAUUCAGAACCUGCCCGCCUACUGUCUGCAACAUCUCGGCCUGUACGGCGGCAGAGAAUAAGGGACUGAUGCAACACUUACAGAACAAUGUCUUUGAGAUGUUUCACUUGGAUGAAAGGUAGAAGAGCCAACAGCGGUUAGGACAACAGAGAAGUCCCCGUCAGCUGUCCAUUUGGAGUUUGCAGUUCCUCUGGGAGGAUGGAUACGCUGAAGGACCGGACAGUGGAAGAGCUCCAGGAGCUGCAAGACAAUGCUGAGGAGAUCGAGCGCCUGGCUUUGGAGUCUAGGGAGGUUCAGGAGCUGCAGCUGGAAAGGGAGAUGGCUCUUGCUGCUAAUCGGAGCUUGGCUGAGCAGAACCUGAAGUUCCAGUCGCCACUGGAAACCGGGCGCACUGACCUCUCCAACAAAUAUGAGGAGCUGCAGAAGCUAGCUGAGCGGUGUAAAGAGCAAAAGGCAAAGCUGGAGAAAUUUUCAGCAGCAUUGAAUCCUCAGACCUUGCUGGAUCUUCUGCAGGUGGAAAGUCAGAAAAUUGAAGAAGAGUCUGAGAAUAUGGCUGAGAAGUUCCUGGAGGGUGAGGUACCCCUGGAGACAUUUCUUGAGCAAUUUUCCGUUAUGAGGAAGUUGUCCCACCUGCGCCGGGUUAGAGUUGAAAAGCUUCAGGAGAUACUGAAGAAGUCAGAAGUGUCACAGGAGCCCAGCAGAGACUCUCACCAGCAUCUACCUCCUCACGUACCUGGGUGUGCAGAGCAGCAGAAGCCACAGUCCUUCCCAUCUGGGGCACCUUCCUUCCCUUUGCCCUACAGUCCAGCUCCAGGCAUGCCGGUCGGCCCCACAGCCCGUGGAGCUCUCCCUCCUGCUCCUUUCUCUGGAGCCCCAGUCGCUGUGGGACACAUUGCUUCCUCUCAGCCCAGCACCCAGCCCACCUUUCCCUAUAAACCUCCUCCAGGUCCUGGAUACCCGCCAGCACAGGCUGGUGACCUGACACCAGGGUAUCCCAAGCCUCCAAUCGGAGGCUCAUCUUCAGCACCAGGCUACUCUUGGUCUCCAUCCAGAGGCCCACCUCCUGCCCCAUCUUUUCCUGGCUCACACCCCUCCUCUACUCCACCCCCGAGACCAGGGUACUCUCCAUACUUCACUCCUGGGGCAGGGAGACCUCAGUGCCCAUACCCAACCCAGCCCCCCCUCCCUAGUUUCCCAAUCCCCCCACAGCCUCCCUAUCCCUCCGGUCCGUCCCCUCCCUUCGUUUACCCCCCACCUCCAAACCCGCAGCACCCUGCUUGGCCUGGCUACUAAAUCAGGACUCCUGGGGAGUGUCCUCUGCUGCUCCCUCCUCUUUGUGGACUGAGGAAGAAGAAAAAGUUGAAGCAUUGCUCUUAGGCCCAUCCAUGUGUUAGCAUUAUAUAGGAAAGGAAGCAUGGCUAUGAUGUGAGGCAGACAGCAGAGGCACCAGGGGUCAGUGAGGCUGAUGCUGUCUCCCUGGGCUACACCUUUUUGGGUUGGUUGUGAUGAUUGCUUGUUGGCUGAAGUGGCCACUUAAGAAUCAGUUAGUCCAGGCUCUGAAAUAAAUACAGGUAGUCAGCUAGAUUCUCAACUGAGAUACAUGGGAAUGACAUGCACUGAUCACAUCAGCUGAGAACCUGACUCCUCUGUGAGUGUGCGCAUGGAUGAGCGAGAGACUCUUCUUUGUAUGCGUGUAGUUUUCUCUAACAUAUGCAGUAUAAUAAUUCUAAGCUUUUUCACAGGUGUUGAAAAGACACAGUGGGAAUCUUCUGACAGUAUUUCUAAUACUAAAUACUCAUUGCUUCCCUAGGGCCUUCCUGGAAAUGAGAAACAGAGCCAGCCAACCUGGCAAUCAAUUUGUAAUUUGUCUUGGCAGGGAGAAGCAGCUAGCUAGCCUGUUGGGAUUGGCCAGGCCUUGAGAUAUGUCUGGCUUUUUUAUGCUGAUGCAAAAUAACUUCCAAACCAGCUCUACUCGAGCUGUUCCCAGCCGACUGUGAGGUCAGGCUUUCCUCAUCGCUGCCUCCCUCUGCCCCAUGAGCACCAGUCUACUCCAAAGCAGAGGUGGUUCCCAACUGCACUGAGUUCAGGUAUUCCCAGCUUGCCAGUGAGCUUCUUUACCAUUCCUUGUCCAGCAUAGGAGCCGUUCCUCACCUGUCCUGGUUGGGCACUAUCUCACUGAGGCACCAAGGCUCUGGUAACUCCCUGGAGCUCAACAGCUGGAUGUUAUGUGUGUUUAUGAAGUAAACUGGGUUGAUGUGAUGUUUUGAGAGCUGGUGUUAUUUUGGGGGUAAGGAGGCAUGUGUCUCAGAUCAUGGGAAACUGGGGAAGAGUGAGGAUCGGUACCUGCCAUCCAGCUCUUCCCAGCUGACUUCUGGUAGCGUUCUGUGAAACAUGGGGCCUCAGCGCCCUAGAGCCCUGGGGGAAAGGGGGGGUUAUUCUGGAUGUUAAGGGCUGCAACAUCCCUUCACUCCUCAGUAAACACUAGAUAGCAGAGCAAGUGAUAAGUUUUUAAUGGAAAUGGGAUUGGCUUUGCUCAGCACUUUAUCCUCUGAAUUCUGCUUGUAUCCCCCUAAGUUAUUUAUAAGGAAAGAUUACUAAUGGACUAGAUCAAGAUGAAUGCCUUUGGGACUUGGUGGAAACAAUUCCGUAUCUGUGGUUAAUUACAAUAAUAAAACUUGAUGAAUUGCA